AUGGGGGAGGCUGCAUUUGAAGCCGAUACUAUGCGUGAAUUUACAAUUAGACGGACAAAUUCCACUAGGAUAUAUUUUUGUAUUGUUGAGCAAAUCGAGCCAACUCCCAAGGAAUCAGAUUACUACACUUGGUAUUGGAGGAUAACUAGAAGAUGGAUACUCCAUGCGACCACAUCCCCGGUUGAGUUGCAAAGAGGAUAUGUGCCUCGGGGUAUAGAUGAGAGAGAAUUAGUAUCAGCAAUAGAUGAUGUUCAAACCAUUGCAAAUCGUGGCUUGGAAUUGGCUCGAGCAGGUACAUAUCCCGAAGCACAGAAACAUGCAUCAAUAUAUCAGUCGAUAAUGCAGAGGCUUCACCAAGCCUUACAUCGAACUCAUGAAGACCUUCAUGAUGGACGAGAGGUAGCGCAAUUAGUAUACACACGUCAACAACGACAUAGACGAGGACGACGCAGAAACGACAAUGAAGCUGGGCCUUCCCAACGUGUUGACGAUGGAGCUGGACCGUCACAACCACAAACGCAACCGGAUCAUGAACUCAUCAAAGGUCGGGAUAGAGGAGGCCGAAGAAAAAGGAGGAGGAGAAGAGUUCUUGGAUGUAUGGAAUUGACAUAUGAGUUUGUACAGGGAAUUGAUAUAUGUGUUUAUGCAAUGGUGUAA